UGAAGCCUCGCCGAGCCGCAGUCAGACUGAAGGUGAAGAUGAGGCCGGAGCUCUUCCUCGUCCUCGCGGCUGUGACCUGCGCCGCCGGCAAGCCGCUGAGCAAGGCAGCGACGGCCAAGAACAAGCUGCUGCUCAUCUCCUUCGACGGCUUCAGGUGGGACUACGACCAGGACGUGGAGACGCCGCACCUGGACCGGCUGGUGGUGGACGGAGUCAAAGCCAAAUACAUCACCCCCCCAAUGCUGACCAUGACCUCGCCGUCCCACUUCACCACCAUCACCGGACGAUGGGUGGAGGAUCACGAGGUCGUCCACAACAUGAUGUUUAACGCCACAACAAACCUGAAGGUUCCCCACAAACAGACGCUGACCCGAUCUGAGUGGUGGGACAACGGAGUUCUGCCUUUAUGGAUCACAGCUCAGAACCAGGGUCUGAAAACAGCCUCGUUCUUCUACCCUGGAGGUGGGGCCAACUACAGCGGCCAAGCGGUCACCCGAGCAGUUGUGGAGGAGGUAGGCCACCCGGACGACAACGAGACCGAGUGGCGUCAAAACGUUGAUACGGUGUUGAACUGGUUCACUGAGGAGGACUUUGACUUUGUGACGCUGUACUAUGGCGAGCCGGACAACGUGGGCCACGCCAAGGGCCCUGACCACCCACGGCGCAAGGAGAUCAUCCGACAGAUCGACCGCACCAUCGGCUACCUGAGGGAGGCCAUCAGUCGCCUCGACCUGAAUGACAGCCUGAACGUCAUCAUCACCUCCGACCACGGCAUGACCACCGUCAAGAAGCGCCCGCAGGUAGACGAGAUUAUCCUCAACAAGUACCUGAAUCUAAUCCAGCUCAACAGUUUCGAGCUACUGGACUACGGCGGGUUUGGCAUCCUGACACCACGGCCAGGACAGGAGCAGAAGGUUUUCGAUGCUCUGUCCAACGCGCCCAAUUUGACGGUCUACAAGAAAGAUGAGAUUCCAGAGAGCUUCCAUCUGGCCAAGAGCAAGCGGCUGCCUCCCAUCGUGGUCGUCGCAGAUCUGGGGUUCAACCUCAACUCUAGAUUCAUUGUCUACGUGAACAAAGGUGAUCAUGGGUACCACAAUGGGGAGAUGGACAUGAAGACGAUCUUCAGGGCCUUUGGACCGAGCUUCAAGAGGAACUUCCUGUCGGAGCCGUUCGACAGCAUCCACAUCUACCCUCUGAUGUGCCAUCUUCUGCAGAUCCAACCGGCGCCACACAACGGGUCGCUGGCUGUGACGGAGAACAUGCUGCAGCACAACGGUGGACUGCAGAGAGCUCCGGUGUCUGUUGCUGUGCUGCUGUCGAUGCUGAUCUCCAUGUUCUAUGUGCUGUAACUGAUCCAGGAAACAUCUGGUUUUAUAGCGUUUAAUCUCGUGAACAAGAGACUUAACAUGACAUCCAGGUGGAUUAUUAAAUAUUUAUACUUAAUACUAACUUAUGAUUUUGUGCUUUUUCUAGUAUGUUUGGCUGCAAAUAUUUCACAAGUGUAUGUCGUUUUUGUUGGCUUCAUGCAGAUUUCUGAAAUAAAUUUUAACACUGAG